UUCUCUCAGAUAACACUCCACUUAGGGUUUCUUUCUUCUAAGCUUAGAGAUGGGAGGACCAGAUUUGUGGUUUGUAAAGCAUCUUGGCAAAGGUUCCUUCGGCUCGGUCAGUCUCUAUCAAGGCCUUCGCUUCGACGGCACUGUGAUUUACGUCGCGGUCAAAACCUCCGACGGUCAACAUGCGGAGUCUCUCUUCAGAGAGGUUCAAAUCUUGUCUGAGUUCAAAGGGUGUCCGAGAAUCGUCCAGUGCUACAGAGUGAAAGCGGAACUCAACCGAUUUAACGGUUGCGUGGAGUACAAGAUUCCCUUGGAGUACGCUCCUGGAGGAAGCCUGAGUGGUUUCAUCAACAAAUUCAAAGACAAUAAACUGCCUGAUCCUAUGAUCAGAGACUUUACACGUAUGCUUCUCGAAGGCUUAGCCACGAUUCACGCACACGGUUACGUUCACUGCGACCUCAAACCUGAGAACAUCCUCGUUUUCCCUAGCUACGUCAACAACAACGGCGCGUGGAGUUCGUCUUUUGAGUUGAAGAUUUCUGAUUUUGGGCUGUCGAGAAGGGAAGUAGACAGUAGCUGGUGGAGCCCUAGUCGUCCCUUUGCUGGAACAUCGAUCUACAUGUCUCCGGACUCGGUUUCAUAUGGCGAGACAGGGAAAGACCUAGACUUGUGGUCGUUGGGGUGCUGUGUACUGGAGAUGUACACUGGGAAGGGACCUUGGUGGCAUAAGAACUAUGAAGUUGAUGAUCUCAUGAAGGGCCAACAGCCACCGAUUCCGAGUGAGCUUCCUUUCGAAGCAAAACUGUUUAUUAUGACAUGCUUUGCGCCAAGGACAAAAGACGCGACAAGAUUGUUGAAGCAUAUAUUCGUGCGUGGAGACGAGGGGACACAGCCUUCUCAUGAUGUGAGUGAUAAAAUUGAUCUUCAACUGGCGAACAACUUCGUUAGAAGGAAUGUUUCGAAAACCCAAAGCAUUCGUGUACCUCCUGCUGCUGCUCAAGUCAUGCCUAACAAGACCAUCAUGGCCUAGUUUUUCUCUUUUUCCACUUCCUCAUGUCAUCUUCUUUUAUCCUAUAUAGAUUUAGUAGAGAAUUAUGUAUAUUGACUUUUUUUUGUAUAUAAAACAAUUUGAGAACUUAUGUU